UGGAUUGCGAUUGUAGACGGAGAGAAAGAAUAUUACCUUGGUCUUUCGUUCUGCCGAAUCGUCGCUCAGUUUCCCUAUACGGUCCGCGUUUACGCCCCUCUAUUUGCGAUUUUCCUCAUCGCGCCUGACCUUCUCCUGUCCGUCUUUUUUCAACCGUGUUUAACACGGAUCUAACACAUAUCAAUCAUGUCUUCAGGACCGGUUAGAUAUGUCCGGUAUCUGCUGUUCGCGGCGUUGGGACUGGGUAUCCUCUUUUUUAUUUCGAGAUCUGCGAUUCCUAUGCCCGAUACUGCUACGCUAUCAAAAUUGAAUCCGUCGACUUAUAAAGGCAAAGGCUCCCUCACAGUGACCGGUGGGUCAGCAAGCGCAUCGCAAGAUAGCGCUACAUUUUCCUAUCCAUCCAAGGCGCCCGAGUCGGAGAGCGUUAUUGUUCGCCCGGAAACCCGUGUGAAUGCGACUUUCGUGACGUUAGCUCGCAACUCGGAUAUAUGGGAUUUGGCACGGUCGAUCCGACAAGUCGAGGACCGCUUCAACCGCAACUAUCACUACGACUGGGUAUUCUUGAAUGACAAGGAAUUUGAUGAUGAUUUCAAGAAACUCACCACGUCGCUGGUCUCGGGGACAACACACUACGGAAUCAUCCCCAGAGAACACUGGUCAUACCCCGACUGGGUCGACCAGGAGAAGGCAAAGAAGGCGCGACAGGAAAUGGGGCAGAAGAAGAUCAUCUAUGGCGACUCGGAGAGCUACCGUCACAUGUGUCGCUAUGAGUCUGGGUUCUUCUUCCGCCACCCAUUGAUGAUGAACUACGAGUACUACUGGCGAGUGGAGCCCAGCAUUGAGCUCUUUUGUGACAUUGCCUACGACCCGUUCCGCUUCAUGAAGGAGAACAACAAGAAGUACAGCUUCACGCUUAGUCUGUACGAGUAUUAUGAGACUAUCCCUACUUUGUGGGAUAGCGUGAAGAAGUUCAUGGGUAACCACCCUGAACACAUCGCAUCUGGGAACUCUAUGGACUUUUUGAGCGACGAUGGUGGAAAGACCUACAACAAGUGUCACUUCUGGUCCAACUUUGAAAUCGGAAGCCUGGAAUGGCUGAGGUCGAAGGAGUACAUUGACUAUUUUGAAUCCCUUGACCGCGAUGGCGGUUUCUUCUAUGAGCGAUGGGGAGACGCACCCGUUCACUCGAUUGCUGCUGGCAUCCUCCUUAGCAAGCCAGAGAUCCAUUUCUGGAACGAGAUUGCCUACUACCACGUUCCCUUUACCCACUGCCCGACAAGCGAGAAGAUGAGGCUCGAUCUGAGAUGCCACUGCAACCCCGAGAAUAACUUUGACUGGAAGGGAUACUCAUGCACCUCCCGUUACUUCCACGUCAAUAACUUGCAAAAGCCGGAGGGUUACGAAGGUCAGCAAUGACUGACCAUACCUAAAAUCGCAUGAUUGGCAUUAGUUUUAUUUGGCAUUGGUAGCAUUGGCUUUACAAUGCGCAGGAGUGUCAGAUCGAAGGUAAUCCUUUGGGUGGACCAAUUGAUUGAUAGAUGGUUUUGAACCAUUACAAAUUGGAUGCUGGAUUUACAAAAGAUACCUUCAGUCUCUUUAUUUGGAUUUAAAGCGA